AUAUAUAAGAGUAAUUCUGCGAUCACAGUAGCCAACUACUCCUACUUCUCUGUUUCCAUCCCAAUUUCAACUCAAAAUCGACAACAAAAACAUACUCAAACACAACAUCAAUCCAAUUUCUCAGUCUUUACUCAUCAAUUUCUCUAUAAGGAACAACAUACAUCAAGAUUCAUAAGCUGUUAAACAUUCCUUUCAAACUUGCAUGGGAUUAUCAAUUUCGUGCCCCUUUGCCACCUGUACAGAUUUGGAAACCUCCAUCAACUGUUUAGAAGAUGAAGAAGGUAAAAUUUUGGUCAAAUCAAUCAGUUUCAAGAGCCAAGAUUCCGAAUCAAUCAUAACGAAAUCUGUAAGCCCUCAAAAAAUGACCCUCAAAAUCCCUUCACCAGAAGAAAACGAAUUAUUUAACGCCAAAAAGAACGAAAGUACAAUGCAAUUGUCUAGCCCUAAUCAUGAAGCUGCUACGAAGUUGCAAAAAGUGUAUAAAAGCUUUCGAACAAGAAGAAAGUUGGCAGAUUGCGCAGUUUUAAUUGAACAGAACUGGUGGAAAGUUCUAGAUUUUGCAGAACUCAAAAGGAGUUCGAUAUCAUUUUUUGAUAUCGACAAACAUGAAACAGCCACAUCACGCUGGGCCAGAGCAAGAACACGAGCUGCUAAGGUUGGAAAAGGAUUAUCACAAAAUUCCAAAGCCCAGAAGCUUGCUUUGCAGCAUUGGCUAGAAGCUAUUGAUCCAAGGCAUCGUUAUGGUCAUAAUCUUCACUUUUAUUACUUAAAAUGGUUUCAGUCUCAAAGCAAAGAGCCCUUCUUUUACUGGUUGGAUAUAGGAGAAGGUAAAGAAAUAAAUCUUGUUGAAAAGUGUCCAAGAUCAAAGCUUCAACAACAAUGCAUCAAAUAUCUUGGCCCGAUGGAGAGGAAGGCGUAUGAAGUAAUGAUAGAAAGUGGGAAGUUUUUUUACAAACAAACUGGCGAAUUCAUUGAUACUACAGGGGAAACAAAAGGUGCUAAAUGGAUCUUUGUUUUAAGCACAAACAGGAUUUUAUAUGUUGGGAUAAAAAAGAAAGGUUCUUUUCAACAUUCAAGUUUUCUUUCUGGGGGUGCCACGUUGGCUGCAGGGAGGAUUGUGGCUGAGAAAGGUGUCCUUAAGGCGGUUUGGCCUCAUAGCGGUCAUUAUCAUCCUACCAAAGAAAAUUUUCAAGAUUUCAUUUCGUUCCUCCAUGAAAAUGACGUGGAUACUUCUCAUGUAAAGAUGGAUUCCAUUGAUGAUGAUGAUAAAGAAUACCUUGGAAAACAAAGUAGUAUUAUUGCUCACAUAGCAACUCACUCAUCCGAAGAUGAAGAUCAUACUUUUGAAAAAACCGUUGAAGAUCAAGAUAUGCCAUUGGUAUCGACAAAAAAGGCGAAGUUUAUCGGUGGUUUUACUUUAAAUGCUCUUGAAAUACCAAACAACAACGAUUUGUAUGUUAAGUUAAAGACCGAGAAUCGAUCAUUCAAAGAAUCAAAAUCCGUGUUAGAUGGUUACUCGGAUGAUGAACAUGAGCAAGAAAUGGAAGAAUCUAUCAUUCAAAGGAUCAAUUCACAUAAAGAAACAAAAUCGUUUCAAUUAGGAAGACAACUUUCUUGCAAAUGGAGCACAGGAGUUGGACCUCGAAUUGGUUGUUUGAGGGAUUACCCUUCAAAGUUACAAUCACAUGCUUUAGAACAAGCAAAUUUGUCUCCAAAAAGUUUGAGGUCGUUUGACCGAAGAAAUAGAACACAAUCAUCCCCGUUGACUUUUAAAUCAUAUUAGUUGACUUUAUAGUUUCUAGAGUUGUUUGAUUAAUUUGUUGAUUUCCAGUGUUGAUAGCAAAUGCAAAUUGACAUAGGUAGUUUAGGCAUUCUUUUGAAGUUUAAAUGUACAAAUUAUGUAUAGAGUUAUAGUUUUUCCUUUGUUUUCCAAGUCUUGUAUAGAUACAAAUUGGAAAAAAAAAGUUGUAGAUUUUACAUGAGUAUUCAUUGAUAAUACUCUUUUAAUGAAAAAAGAUUGAAUUUUUUGUGUA